AUGAAGGGGUUGUUGAGGCCACAACAUAAUAUGGGUUUUGAGUUCGAGGAAGAAAAUGGUAAAGUAGGAAAGAAAGAGAGAGAAAGGGAUAUUGAGAUAAUGAGGUGUUUCCGGUGGCAAGGAGGAGAGGGGUUGCCGCCGGCGAGAUGGGGUGGCUGA